AUGGCGCUCAACGCGUCUUCGCACAACUCGACCGGCGAGAAGACGGCGCCCAACACUGCGCCACCACCCGAGCUCGGCGCAGACGUCAAGAAGGACAUCCUGGGUGCUGCUGAACACGACGCUACCGGCCAACAUGCCCCCGGCCGUGAGAACGAAAAGGGCGUAGAGAAGAAGGAGAAGUCGGCCAAGGAGCUGGAGAAGGAGCGCAAGAAGGCUGAGAAGGAUGCAAAAUUCAAGGCAAAGAAGGCAGCCGCCGCCGGUGCCGCCAAAGACAGCGCCGCCGCUCCAGCCAAGGAAAAGAAGAAGAAGGGCAAGGAGGAGGAACAACUACCCGCCUACGUCGAGGAAACCCCAAAGGGCGAGAAGAAGAGGCUGAAGCCUCUGGACGACCCAUACACAAAGGCAUACAUUCCCAAGGUCGUCGAGUCGGCGUGGGACGCAUGGUGGGACUCUCAGGGCUUCUUCAAGCCCCAGUUCACCGAGAACGGAGAGAACAAGGGCCCGGGCCACUUUGUUAUUCCCAUCCCGCCGCCCAACGUUACUGGAAAGCUACACUGUGGACAUGCUCUCGCUACGAGUUUACAGGAUGUUCUCAUCAGGUGGCAUAGGAUGAGAGGCUACACUACUCUGUACCUGCCUGGUUGCGACCACGCAGGUAUCGCUACACAGUCCGUUGUAGAGAAGAUGCUCAAGCGACGGGAAAACAAGACGCGAUACGACCUUGGUCGUCAAAAGUUCCUUGAGCGGACCAUGGAAUGGAAAGAAGAAUACCAUCAGCACCUCACAAACACGCUGCGGAGAAUGGGUGGUUCGUUCGAUUGGUCGCGCGAGGCUUUUACCAUGGACGAGAACUGCUCCAAGGCUGUUACCGAGACCUUCGUCCGUCUGCAUGAGGAUGGUCUGAUUUACCGUAGUAACAGGUUGGUCAACUGGUGCACGGCUCUCAACACGGCGCUUAGUACACUUGAGGUCGACAACAAAGAUCUAGCGGGUCCUACCAAGUUGUCCGUGCCUGGGUAUGAGAGAAUGGUAGAGUUUGGUGUCCUCACACACUUCAAGUACGCUAUCGAAGGCACCGACCAGUUCAUCGAGAUUGCUACCACCCGUCCCGAAACCAUGUUGGGUGACUCUGGUAUCGCUGUCCACCCCAAGGAUGACCGUUACAAGGACCUCGUCGGCAAGAAGGCUCGCCAUCCCUUCACCGACCGCCUCAUGCCCAUUGUCGCCGACGAAUAUGUUGACCCCGAGUUUGGUACUGGUGCUGUGAAACUCACACCAGCGCACGACCCCAACGAUUUCAACCUCGGAAAGAAGCAUGGUCUCGAGUUCAUCAACAUCCUGAACGACAACGGAACCAUGAACAAGAACGCUGGUCAGUUCGAAGGAAGCAAGCGUUUUGAUGUCCGCUACACUGUCGUCGAUGCGCUGAAGAAGGAGGGACUCUUCGUCAAGACGGAACCCAACCCCAUGAAGGUCCCGAUCUGCUCAAGGUCUGGAGAUGUCAUCGAGCCCAUCAUGAAGCCGCAAUGGUGGAUGAAGAUGGACAGUCUCGCCAAGCCCGCUAUCGAGGCUGUCGAGAAGGGCGAUAUCAAGAUCAGGCCCGCAACCUCGGAAAAGGUCUACAUGCAUUGGAUGAACAACAUCCAAGACUGGUGCUUGUCACGACAGCUCUGGUGGGGUCACCAAAUCCCCGCUUAUUUCGUUGAUAUCGAAGGCGAGGCAGGUGAUCGAAAUGAAGACGAACGCUGGAUCACUGGCCGGACAGAAGAGGAGGCACGAGCCAAGGCAGAGAAGAAGUUCCCCGGCAAGAAGUUUACGCUAUCGCGGGACGAGGAUGUCCUCGAUACAUGGUUCUCCUCGGGUCUGUGGCCGUUCUCCACCCUGGGCUGGCCCAACCAGACUGCCGACUUGGACAAGCUCUUCCCCACAUCUGUCCUAGAGACUGGGUGGGAUAUUCUCUUCUUCUGGGUUGCCAGGAUGAUCAUCCUGUCGCUCUACCUCACCGGCAAAGUUCCGUUCAAGGAGGUAUACUGCCAUUCGCUCAUCCGUGACUCUGAGGGCAGGAAGAUGUCCAAGUCGCUGGGUAACGUUGUAGACCCUGUCGACAUCAUGGAUGGUAUCACACUGCAAAAGCUGCACGACCAGCUUCGUGCGGGCAACCUUGACCCCAAGGAGUUGACCAAGGCGGAGAAGUAUCAAAAGAGUGCCUUCCCCCAGGGUAUUCCUGAGUGCGGCGCUGAUGCGUUGCGCAUGGCUCUUGUUGGAUACACCACCGGAGGAGGAGAUAUUUCUUUUGAUGUCAACGUUAUCCACGGAUACCGAAGGUUCUGCAACAAGAUCUACCAGGCCACGAAGUACGUCAUUGGACGUCUGGGAGAAGACUUCACCCCACGGGAGAAGGUCACAAAGGGAGGCUCAGAGUCACUACCUGAGCGAUACAUUUUGCAUCAGCUCAAUGUUGCCGCCAAGAAGAUCAACGAUCACCUGGAGGCACGCGAGUUUAGUCUUGCUACCCAGACUGCCUACAAGUACUUCUACGAGUACCUGUGCGACACGUACAUUGAGAACAGCAAAGCCAUCUUCGACGAAGGUAGCGAAGAGCAGAAGGAAAGCGCGAAACAGACACUCUACACUGCCAUCGAGGGAGGCCUCAACAUGAUUCACCCCUUCAUGCCCUUCCUGACAGAGGAGCUCUGGCAGCGUCUCCCUCGCCGACAAGGCGACAAGACGCCCUCCAUCACUAUUGCACCCUUCCCUCAGUACACACCAGACUUUGAAGACGCGACCGCAAACGCAGAGUACGAGCUCCUUGUCGACAGCGCAAAGGGUCUGCGUUCGCUGACGGCUGAAUACUCCAUCAAAGAAGGCGCAGCCACCUAUAUUCAGUCCCUCACCCAAGCCACCCACGCCACCCUCACAACCCCGACCUCCCUCCCUUCCAUCCGCUCGCUCGCCGGAAAGACUGUGGCCGACAUUACGAUCCUGUCGCCCACGGAUACAGCACCGUCUGGCUGCGCCGUCUACACCAUUGGCACGUCUGCGACGGCGUACCUCGACGUCAAGGGACGCAUUGAGCUCGAUAAAGAGAUUUCCAAGGCGGCAGACCGACUGAACAAGGCUAAUGAGACGAUUGCGCGUCAGAAGAAGAUUAUGGAUGAUGAGUGGGAAGCUAAAGUUAGUGAUGCUGUUAAAGAGCAGGAGAGGGAGAAGUUGAGGACGGCCGAGCUGGAGGCGAGGAAUUGGGAGGCUAGUAUUGGACAGUUUGAGAAGAUGAAGAUUGAGUAA